CCAAAAUGUCGUUGACUUUGCAAUUGGUUGCGAAUUUGAAACGCUUUCGCCUGGUGACCUUCGACGUGACGGACACGCUGCUCCGCCUGGAGGAUCCCCUGCGGCAGUACCAUCGCACGGCGGAGGAGUUCGGGAUCACCGGCGUGGAUCGCCGCCGGCUGGAGCAGUGCUUCCGCCAGCAAUUCAAGGCGAUGAGCAGCGAGCAUCCGAACUUCGGCCGCUUCUCGCCGGGAUUGAACUGGCAGCAGUGGUGGCUCCAGCUGGUGACCCGCACCUUUGGCUGCGUGGACCAGGGCCUGGCGCCCGACAAGCUGGAGAAGAUUGGCCACCGGCUAAUAGACAUCUUUCGCACCAGCGCCGGCUGGCAUCAGGUCGAUGGCGCCCAGGAGCUGGUGCAGUGCGUCCGCAACACCGGCCACUGUGUGGGCGUCAUCUCCAACUUCGAUCCCUCGCUGCCAAAAGUCCUCGACGCCAUGGGCUUUGCCGACAAGUUCGAUUUCAUCCUGACUUCCUACGAGGCCGGGGUCAUGAAGCCCGAUCCGGGCAUCUUUGAGAUCCCCCUGAAGAGAUUUCAGAUCCCAGCGCACCAGGCCCUGCACAUCGGCAACAAGCUGGACCUCGACUACGAGGGGGCUCGCAACUGCGGCUGGAGCGGACUGCUGGUGAACGGCGGUUGCAGCCAGCACUCCUUCGCCAGCUUGUCCCACCUGCUGGAGGCCCUGAAGACCCAACCGAUCCAAUGGUGAUCGACCAAAGAACCUCGGCUCACGAACACACUGUGCUUCAACUCGCCAGCUCGCCCCGACUCCUGGAGGCCCUGCCAACCCAACCGAUCCCCUGGUGAUCCACCAAAGAAACUCGACUCACGAACACACUGUUCUUCGAUUAGCUCACGGCUGUAGUUACUUUGUAGACUUCUUUAAGAUUAGGAAACAGAACGGGGUGUAAGACUAGUGUUAAAUACAAAUACGCGUUGGCCUAGGCGCCAUACUAUGUUCUCUUUGGGACAUUCGAGGGAGGCUCUGGACGCAUUCGAACACAGUAAAAUUGCCAUGAUAUCUAUACUAGAUGAACCUAAAAAUAACUGAGAGUGCACAUAGAGUCCUUGUCUUAGUUGAUUACAAGCAAAAUCCAAGGAGCUCGGCACUUCUCCGAACACUUAAACUUAAUUCUUAUCGAAUGUGUCAAAACUCAAACAUAUCUCAAUUGCUUUCCCUAGUUUAACUUAACUGCAAUGCCUGAAUGUGUUUAAAGUCUAAGAAAUGUAAUUGUGAUCAGCCGCAGUGGCAAUACAUAUUUUUGAAGCUUAACGAAUGUUUUAAGAGUACUCCUACAUAAAACUGUGAGCCCAACAAAUGGCCUGGGAAACUCCUUUGCCUACCUAUUGGCCCACUGUGGAGGCGUGCGGCGAAAACCUCUGCUCGAACGUCCCCGCUUACAUGGCUAGUACGAUUAAGCUAUUCCUGAUGACUCUUCCGGUAUCUCGGUUAAUAUAUACACACGACACUCGCACACAGACCUAAAUACUAACUGAACAGAUGAAGAGUAAAAGCUAGUUUGUGACCCGAA